AUGAAUAAACUUAAUCAAAAUGGUUUACUAGAUGACGACUUCGAUCUCGACCUUCACGCUAUCUGGCGAGAGUCUUCUUGCAUCCCGGCGCCACCGCCAUGUCUUUGCGCGGAUCACGAAAAUCCAGAACUAGACUUUCAGAAUGAGUUGAAUUCUAUAUCAUACAAGGGACAAGGAUCCCCCCAGGUCGAAUAUCUCUUUCACCCCAACAACGAUAACCAGCCGGGCUUCAAGUGGACAGGCCCAGAUCUUCUGUCGUUCUCCACUCAACCUGAGGACCUCUUCCUUCACAUGUCAGCAUUCUUUAUUUUUGAAGAGCUUUACUGGUUGGAGUUGAGGCUUGCAAAGAUUCAUCAAUUUUCUGGUGAAACAGUGGGGGAGUAUUUGUUCUUCUUGCCCCGUGUUGAAACAGCCAUGGGUAAUCUACGUCGGGUGCGAGGACAGAUUCUGGACAUCAUAUCCCUAGCCACUGUUGAAACAACUUCUCCCACCUUUACUUUAUCUCUAUGGCCGCGCACAGAAGCGCUACCGUAUUCCAGUCACUCUACCAUUUCUCCACAGGCGACAUUACCCACGAUGCCAUUCCUGGACCCGUCAUUCUUUGUACAUAAUAUCCAAGAAAACUAUAAAUGA